UUGAAAUGUAGUCGAACCCAACUGUCUCUUCGCAUACUCUCGCAUCACAAUCUAACAUUAUUCAAUCUUUUAUAUUUUAUGUUGAAAAUGUGAAUAUAAAUUCCGUGCACACUCAAAUAUACUUAAAAAGAUAUACUUCUCACCUUCCUUCUCCAUGGGCAUGGAGAUCCUCUACACCACCGUAGCUCUUAUCUUCUCCAUUUGCAUCAUCCUCAAGCUUCUCUUCACUACAAAGAAAAACUUACCACCAAGUCCACUAGCUCUUCCCAUACUAGGCCACCUCCACCUUCUCAAAACCCCAACCCACCGAACUUUCCAGUCUCUCUCCUCCCAAUACGGCCCGAUUGUUUUCCUCCGGCUCGGAUCACUACCCGUCCUCCUAGUCUCUUCUCCCUCCAUUGCCGAGAAACUCUUCACCCAACUUGAUGUAAUUUUUGCGAACCGACCCAAGUUCCUUGCCAGCAAACACAUAACCUACAACUACACCACCGUUGGGUUCUCCCCUUACGGCGACCACUGGCGUAAUAUUCGCCGUCUUACCACCAUCCAAAUCUUCUCCGCCACCAGUCUCAACCACUCCUCCUCCACCAGGACGGAGGAGAUUCGUUUUGCUGUCCAGAAACUUUUUCUGGGAUAUGAAGGGGGUACCAGGAAAGUUGACCUGAGUUCUGUUUUCCGUGAUUUGAUGUUCAAUGUGAUGACAAAGAUGGUUGCCGGAAAACGGUGGACGGAGUCGAUGGACAUGUUCGGGUCGAUCUUGCAGAUGAACUUAUGUGACUAUUUACCCUUUUUGAGGUGGGUGGGUUUCAGUGGAACGGAGAAGAAGUUGAUGGAUUUGCAUAGAAGGAGAAACGAGUUCAUGCAAGGUCUGAUUGAUGAGCACCGGCAAAAGAAAGCUGGUUCUUCUUCACCGGAGCAAAGGAAGAAGACGAUCGUUGAAGUCUUGUUGUCUUUACAAGAAGCUGAACCUGAAUAUUACACGGAUGACAUCCUCAAGGGCAUCAUACUGAUAAUGUUCACAGCUGGGAUACACACUUCAGCACUCACCAUGGAAUGGGCAAUGUCACUUAUGCUAAACCACCCAAAAGUGUUGGACAAAGCUCGAUCCGAGAUCAACAACCAUGUCAAGCUAGGGCAAUUGUUAGAGGAUUCAGAUCUCCCCAAAUUACCCUAUCUCCGAUGCAUCAUCAAUGAGACACUCCGAGUAUUCCCUGCUGCACCACUUCUAUUGCCUCAUUUGUCAUCUGGAGAUUCUACAAUAGAAGGAUACAACGUUCCACGAGGAACAAUGCUGUGGGUGAAUGCUUGGGCGAUUCAUAGGGACCCAAAAUUGUGGGAAGAACCUACCAAGUUCAGGCCAGAGAGGUUUGAAGGGAUUGAGAAGGGAGGAGAUCAGGGGUUUAAGUUUAUUCCAUUUGGGAUGGGUAGGAGGGCAUGCCCUGGUUCUAGCUUGGCUUUGAGGUUAGUUGGGUUGGCAUUAGGCACGUUUAUUCAGUGCUUUGAGUGGGAAAGGGUUGGGUCUGAAUUGGUGGACUUAGAAGAAGCUAACCGUGGGCUAAUCUUGGCCAAGGUUAAGGGCUUAGAGGCUAUGUAUAGACCACACCCGUCUGUGGCGAAUCUCCUCUCUCAGCUUUGAGUUCUUUACAGUUUUUUUAUGCUUGUAAGGUGUGACUUUUUUUUCUUUAUGCCCAGACAAAGUCCCAUGACCCGUGAGAUUCCAUUGCCUUGUCAAAGAGCUUCUGAUUUGUGGUUACAGACAGAAAAAGGUAAGAGAGAGAGAGAGAGAGAGAGAGAGA